AUGUCACUGAUACUACUAGAUUCGCUAAAAGAUGACCUAGACGAAACUAGCCGCAAUGCACUAACCACAGACCCUAAACUUUACCAAUCCUCACAAAAGUAUCUCGAGGAUUUACUAAUCAAUGAUGAAUUAUUAUCAACUGAACAAUUUACCACAACAGCCACCAAUUCAAAAACCGUUACUCAAGAAAUAGCUGAAUUGGAUCUACAGCAACAUCAAAUCAACAAACAGCUAAGUUCAUUAACUGACUCCCAUAAGGAUUUAAUCAUUGAUGUAAAUCACGAUUUAAAUGAAAUCAAUGCUAAUUUAACCAAUGAUUAUCAAAAGACGGUAUCGGCAUUGAAGAAGAGCAUCACCAUCGAUGAGUCCAAGUACCAUCCUUCAACUCCAAACAAGUUGUUUCAAGAUUCAAUCUUGUCCAAUAUCGACACUGUAUUGGACAUAUUAGAGCUCCCCACUUUAUGCCGACUUUGUAUCUUGCAAGGCAAUUAUCAAGAAAGUUUGGAAAUUUCCAUCUUUAUCAAAUCACUAAUCAUUCGAUUCCCCAAAUUACAAAUAUUCAAAACCACAUCUGAACAAAUUGAAAUUGAAUUACAAGUUAUGUUGAAGGGGUUAUUGAAAUUACUCAAUACCAAUUUAAAACAAAAUCACAUUCUCAAGAUUUUCCAAAUUUUGAGUAAAUUGGAAACAAUUGAUGAUGCAUCUUUACAUCGAAUCUAUUUGAAUUCAAGGUUUAAAUUUAUCGUUAAUGAAGUUGCUAGUUUACAACCAAUUCUCAAGUUUAAUAAACUCACUUAUAUGAAACGAUUUGUUGAAGUUUAUCGUGAACAUAUUUACUCAUCGAUUCAUGUAUAUUAUACCAUAUUCAAGAAUGAAGUUGAUAAGUUGUUGCUUAAUCAGUUUGUAACGGCACUAGCUACUAAUUUGUGUCACGAGUUUGUUACAUGCAUGCCAUUCAUCAGUAAAACUACUACUGCUACUACUGCUGUUUCCACACCCACCAAUUCAAUUGAAUCAGAUUUGGAAUUGCGAAACUCUAUCGAUGGGUUGAUUUUGCAAUUGAUUUACUUGUGCAAAUCAUUAUCAACGUAUCAAUUUGAGUUUGAGCCAAUUUUAUUAUCAGAACUAUGUUAUAAACAUGAUUUGAUCCUGGAACUGGAUUGGAUACGUAACCUGAGCAAAAUCAAAAAAUAUAAAUAA